UCUACUCAGCAUCAACGGAUGGAAAAAUUAAGACUUGGCUUUAUGACGACAUGGGGCCAAGAUAUGACGAUGAUGCACCAGGUCGCUCUUCUGUCGUGAUGGCAUUCAGUACUGAUGGAACAAGGUUAUUCUCGCAGGGGACCAAUAUAGAAGGAGAGUCGCACUUAGUUGAAUGGGAUGAAAGGAUGUGGACCAUCAGGCGCUGGUAUUGUGGACUUGGAAGGAGACUUGGCGGGAUUGGACAGUUUGAUAUUUCCAAAAACGGAUUUUUGGCUGUUGGUGACGAGUGCAUGGUCAAAUUUUGGGAUAUGGAAAAUAUCAAUAUUUUGACAACUAACGAUGCUGAAGGAGGAUUGCCGGUAAUUGGUUGUUGUUAAUCUCUGUUGGCUGAAUUAACUGAAUCUUUCUAUUAAAUAUCCCACUCUUUAACUUUGCAAGCUUCACCUUGUAUUAGAUUUAACAAGGAAGGAACUCUAUUAGCCGUCUCAACAAUUGACAAUGGUAUAAAAAUUUUAGCAAAUCCUGAUGGGAUGAUGCUGCUAAGGACAGUGGAAAAUCGGUUAUUUUGAUUCUUCUAGAGUCACUGGUGGAAGUCUUGUGAAGGUAAGCUUUUUCAAGAGUACACUAACUUUAUGGGAAGAAGUCCCAAUAGUCCAUUGGAGUGGGCUAAAAACCAAAGACUUGAUAACACUAAUUAUUCAAUUAGUGCUCUUUCGAUACCUAGACUUUGAUUAAUUUGUUA